UUCAUCUAAAAUGUAAAUAUUUGAUCAAUAAGACCUACAAAUAUAUGUUUCAAAUAUUUGAUCCUUACCUCAUAUUUUCGAAUGUGAAUACCUAGGCAGAUUCUGAAUUUGAUGUUUAUGAGUUCCUACGAUACUCUCUAGUUAAUAUAUAAUAGUACCUAAGUUCUCAUUCAAAUCUAUAGAUAUUUUUCUGUAAAUAUAUUUUAUACAUAUACAGGAUUCGAGCCAAAGUUGUUAACUUGUUAUUGACUAAGUUAAAGUUGUAUAGAUAUUCUAUACUUAUAUAGUGCCGGUAGCGCCAGUAUUUUCACCAAGGGAAUUCUAACAUAUAUUGCAGUGUAUAUAUAUAUAUAUAUAAGAGAAUAAAAAAUUGACCUAUAUAUUGCAGUGUAUAUAUAUAUAUAUAAGAGAAUAAAAAAUUGACCUAUAUAUGCGGUGUAAUUUUUCGAUGAAGGGGUGGCCGCUAUGGCUUAGCUGCCUAUCUACAAGUAUUGAAAUUUGCAUGUUCGGGCGUGGGGAAUCCUAGUGUAUGAAUGGUAAGAUUGUCGGAUCUUAUUGAUCUUGAUGCAGGAAGGACAACGAGGAAGUCUCUUUCGGAAAAGAGACACCAGGGCGUGGAGGCUCCUCGAAAUAGAUCGGAGCAGCCAGCAGAGGCUUCAUGUAGCUUCUGCAUUGGAGGGGACGAUAUCCUGUGUACGUGUCACAUGACAAAUGUCUGGCCGGAGAAGAACUGUUAUGUGAAUGAGGAGGCUCCAAUGAAGAAACUGAUCAGUGAAGAAUUAGCUAAAAGACCGAACACAGGACAGAAUGCGCCUAGCAUUGUGGCUCGUCUAAUGGGCCUGGAUACGUUACCUGUAGAUACAAGAGAGCGGAAUCCUCCCAAAGAGGAACGGUUGAGAAAUGUUUCGUCGGGACAAAAAGUUUUCGAUUCCUUUGACAGACGGAGUAGUAAAUCCCGAGAACAUCCACAGGAAGAGGAACUACAAAAGUUCAAGAAAGAGUUUGAAGCAUACCAAACCGCAAGAUUCAAGGAAUGUUCAAAGUUUGUUGAACUUGGCACCAAUACGGAUCAAUGGCUGGCACAUCGACAACACUUGAACGAAGAAAAAUUUGUUCCUUACGCGAACUCAAUGAGAACGAUGGUUACUGAGAGAUCUGUGGAGCUUAAAGGACUUGCUGUAACCCAAGAUAUACACGAAAGAGGUACUUCAAAGGUUCAGAAAGAUAAAAAUGAAUUUCUUGCAGCUGCACGAAACAAGACUAAUCGUGCGUUGAACAUUAAGUCGGGUUCUGCUCCUACAAAGAUUGUAAUUUUGAGGCCUGCAUUCGACAGGACGAGGAAUAAUGAAGAAUCAUGGGCUAGUUCUCCGAGCAGAUCUGAAGAUGGGAGUAGCAUAGAAGAAUUUCUUCAGGAGGUUAAGGAAAGGAUAAAAUUUGAAUUGCAACACAAGAGUUUCCGAAAAACCAUUGAGAAGCCAUCGGAUGCAAAGAGAAUAGCUCAAUGCAUCGCGAAGCAGGUGAGAGAAAGCGUUACUAGGGACGUGGAAACAAUUCUACCUCGAUCAGAAUCAAUGCAGUCUUAUAGAAGUGAAAUUCAACGUGACCACGACGCUGGUCCUCCUGAGUUCACUAAUAGAGAUACAAGAAGAUUUUUGACAGAAAGGUUGAGGAAUGUCCCGAUGGACGAAUCAUCUCAUGAUAUCGACAAGCAUGGUUGCGGAAGCUCCAGAUCAGAAAUACAGAAUAGGGAAAAUAGCACAACUGAAGAAAUCAUACAUGCUUCAAAUAAAAUGAGCCACGGGGACGAGAUGAAAAACGAGUCAGACACGCAGAGCAGAUAUCUCAGACCGGAGCUAGGUACUGAUGUUAUGCUAGACCAGAAACUAUUUCAUAGGAACCUGGUUAGAUCUUUGUCAGCUCCCGUGUCACGAUCAUCAUUCGGAAAGCUUCUCCUAGAGGAUCAACACGUACUGACGGGGGCUCAUAUUAGGAGAAAACACGAAGCUAUCGAGGGGGUCACAGUGAACGUCAAGAAAUGGCGAAAAGAGAAAUUCAACCUUAAGGAAAAAGUUUCCAGCUUUAAGUAUAGUUUUGUACUUAGAGGACGGCUCUUCGGUAGAAAAAUUCAAUCGUUGGAGGAAUCACAUGGAGACGAACAAAUUCACACGACAGAUCUUCAGAGCACACAAACUGUUGCAUCCAAAUUUUAUGUGAGACAAGAGAAUUCCACUGAGGUGCCACCAAGCCCUGCAUCUGUGUGUAGCACAACCAAGGAAGAAUUUUGGAGGCAAACAGAUUAUUUCAGCCCAUCAUCGUCAUCGAUUUCAGAUGUAAAUCCACUGGAUGAUAGUGAGAUACCUCAUGUUUUCAAGGAGAUCAGCUCUAAUCUGAAUGAGCUACGGAGGCAAUUGAAUCAGCUAGAAACUCAUGACUCCGAGGAGACAAUAAUGAUCGAAGAUCAUCCUAUCGUAGAGGAGAUAAUAGAGAUCGACGAUCCAGCUGAAGCGUUCAUUAGAGAUCUUCUUGUUGCUUCUGGUUUAUACGAUGGUUCAUGCGAAAAAUAUCUAUCGAAAUGGGAUCCAUUGGGAAAGCCCAUCAGCAACCAAGUUUUUGAAGAAGUCGAAGAGUCUUAUAGGCUAAAGAUAAACGACAACGAAGAAGGAUCAAGCAGUACUGAUCAUCAGUGCCAUAAGUUGAAUCACAAGUUGUUGUGUGAUCUCUUGAAUGAAGUGCUUCCACGCGUACUCGGAAGCACUUCUACGAAAAGGUCUAUUGGUCCUACUCCACGAGCUCCGAGGGGAAAGAAGUUGUUAGAAUGUGUAUGGGAAAUCGCCCGAGUUUCAUCAGAUAUGUCAUCGCGAUCCCUCGAAAAUAUACUAGCUAGAGACUUGCAAUGCACCUGUUGGGACAGAUUAGUUGAUGAAGAUGUUAAUGCUCUAGGAAAAGAUGUUGAAUACCAUAUUGUUGGUGAUCUUAUUCAUGAAAUGAUCAAUGAAAUGCAACCAUAGGUUAUAGCUUGUUAUCCAAUUCACUUUUCACUUUUGAGUUGUAUUAAGUAUGAAGUAUGAGCUUGUUCCAA